AUGUACGCGUCACGCGAUGAGCAGAAGCCGAACUGUGCAAACUGUGAGGUUAAGGGGCUCACGUGUAAAUAUAGCUCUGAUCUCGCGUUUGUUCCUCAGCGCGACGGGGGUGUUUCCGGUGCUUCGAGACAGGCAUAUAGCAGUAUUACAUUUGUCGAUGAUUCGCCCCUUGCAGUCGCAAAUAGGGAGAAAUCAAAGGCCCCACAAAAGCCCGCAGAUGAUUCCCAGAGUGAUGGCAAUACUGGUUUCUCUUUAGAUGGAUUGCAGUCUUCGGCUGAUGGCCCAGAUGACCACGGAGAAUCACGCCGUGCCUUUGAAUUCCAAAACAUAUUGUCACCCGCAGUUCCCAAUGUCGACUUUUCUGAGCCUCCAAUCCCGUUUGUCGGUCAACGGAGCGCGCCGGAUACUCGAUACAUGAACAGUGCUCCGUACUUCGGUUACCGAUCUGUCACUAGCGAUAGAACAGUCGACCGACGAGGAACACUUACAAACGGCACUCACGAGACUGACUUGCUUCGGCAUUUCCGGUACCACGUUGGUCCUUGGAUCGACACCGGGGACCCUGAGCUCCCAUUCGGACUGCAGGUUCUUCUUCUUUCGCGAACGAACAGAGCUCUGCAAGCUGCCGUCCUUGCUCUCUCUGCAGGCCAACGACUUCUCGUGACAUCCCCGAAUAGCAAAGACCUAGAAAGCAACCAGCAGUUCCGAAAGGAGGCAGAAGAGAGUCUUGCGCUUGAAUAUGAUCUGGCUAGAUAUGCCGGCUAUACCCUCUUGCUGCUCCAAGAUGCCCUGCCCGCUGGACCGCAGCAGUGGAGAAGCCUUUUGGUUCACAAAAUAGAGCAUAUAAGUGACUUCGCGUCGCGAGCAGUGGGAGAAGAGGUUGGCGAUGCUUUGUUAUGGCUUUGCUUUCGACUCGAUCUCGCAGGUUCAAUAUCCUCUUCAAAACCACCGCUUAUGCCAUUUCGAUCAUUACUACGACGAGACGGUACCUCAUUACACCACCCACAAUCCAUGCAGCCUCAGAGCGUCAACUCCGCAUACAAGCACAUAUUGUCUCUUCUGGGACACUGCCUAUCCCUGAUCCACGGUGGUCCAGAAAUGUCCUCUCCACACGAAGUCGAAUCACCAGAUCUGGCAGCAUUCCCAUCUUUACGACAAUCGCACUCGCUAUCACAAUGGACAUUCCUCUGGUCAGACUGCCAGAAAUGGUACAACGAGCGACCAGUAAAUGUGCAGCAAAUUGUCGACAUCCGCGGUAGCGAAGCUGAUCAAAUUGACCCCGACCACGACUCCUCAUUCCCAAUCCUCAUCUACACGACGCCAAUGGCGCUGGUCGCCAACGCUGUCUAUCACAUGAUCUCCCUCUUAUUGCUCACCCAUAAGCCACGGCUUCUGAAAUCACUGCCGGGACCGAGAUCAGUCACCUCGCAUAUCUGGCAUGCGCAGUCGAUCGCCGGGAUUGCAGCAAGCAAUGACUCCCCCGAGCAAUGGGACCCGAUAUUGGUUGCGAGUCUUCUUACUAUCGCCAAGGAGAUGACACAUGAAUCUCAACAAGCGGUUCUACUAGAACGGUUUUCCAGGAUUACUGCGACGACAGGCAUCAAAUUGGACCGGGAGACUAACGAGCUACAAGCGGCCUGGAACCUAGCGCGAUACGAGGAGGAAUUCGACGAGGAAGCUGACACCAUGAUUUCAUAA